AUGAUGCAACGACGUAUGUCCAUUGCAGACCGCAUCAAGGACACGUUCAAAAGGGCAGAAUCUGACUACCCUUUACACGCCUCGAUCUGCAACAACGACGUAUCAACCUUGCGAGAAGUGCUUGGUUCCAGUGAGGCUUCAUUUUUGUUGUCGGAUGGCGAUGGCUGUUGGGGGACUCCGCUACACGUGGCAGUCUAUUUGGAUAAUAUCGAGGCAGCAAAUCUGAUAUUGCAACUUGGCGUUGGUGUCGACGUCGCUGCCAAUUCGUCCGCACACGAGCAUCGCUUAUCACCACUAGCACUAGCUGCACGUCUGGGCAAUCAACGCCUGCUUUGGCGAUUAUGGCAGCACUUCCACUCACAAGAGGAAGAAAGCAAGACAAACGUUGACUCGUGUCUUUUUGAAGCCUCAAUCAACAGCCAAACAACUAUCCUACGUGCUUUAUUGAGUUGGAAGGAAUGGACAACAGAAGCCAAGAGCGAAGCUCUGUUUUGGACAGCACGGAGCUGGAAGGCAUAUUCUGCCCAACUCCUUACUACCGAACUGUCCUUUCCCCAAGAUGUUUUAGACAAGGCUCUGCAUCAUGCAGUGGACUUCAGGCCUUUAAUUGGAGACGACUUCAAACCCGACUACAAUGGUGAUGAUUAUCUCCAGCAACAGCUUUUGAUCGCGCACUUGAUUGAUGCUGGAGCCAAUCCAAACGCUAUUAUCAAUGGAAAGCCGCCAAUCAUUACUGCCGCCCGCUCUAUAAGUCUGGUAGGAGCCUUGAAAGUGUUGCUCGACAAGGGAGCCAACCCAGACGCUACUGACCGCAGAGGGAAGUCAGCAUUACACUUCCUUGGUUCACUGACCGCUUUAAACCGAAGUGGACCAUUGGUGCGUUUGAACGAGACCGCGAUUCGUAUUCUUCUCAGUCACAAUGCCUCCGUUACGCUGGGGGAUGAUGAGUCUGGAGCUAACCCCCUUCACGUUGCCGCUUUUGGCUCCAACCUGAACAUGCUACAGUUGUAUCUAUCCUCGUGUCCCUCGGAACAAACAAGUCAAGCAUUAAGAUCCAAGAACAACUUUGGCGAAACAUUACUACAUUAUGCAGCUGCGGGAGCUAAGCGUGAUAUUGUCGAGUUUCUUCUCAGUCAAGGUCUUGAUGUCAAUGGUAUCAACACAAAUGGCUGGACACCCCUACAUUGUGCCUUGACCCCAGCGAGGCAAGGCUCGCAACUAAACGGGUUCUCAAAGUCAACAUCUGAAGCUUUGGAAAUUGCAAAGAUACUUCUCUUUCACGGCACCAAUCCUCGUGCUGUUACAGCUGAGGGAUGGACGCCCCUGCAUUGCCUUUCCUUGUUCACUGGCAAAAAGAAAGAAAAUACCCAACUUGGCCAGUUUGUGGACAGCAUGAUCCACAGUGGUGUUGAUAUACAUGCCCGCGCAACAUUUCUGUUUUGGAAUGAACUGGGCAAUGUAGAACCCGAGUAUUAUUACUGGGGUCACCAAGUCCAAGAGAGCAUUCAGUACCCUGAGACCUCAGGGGCGAUAGUGCGGUUUGGUUAUACUUCAUUGCAUUUCGCAGCUGCCCACGGUAGCAUAAGUAUGGCCAAGGCUUUACUUGACCUUGGGGCUGGUCCGCUUUCCAAAGAUGCGAGAGGAAAUACGGCAAUCAAGAUAGCGGCUAAUUCGUUAUUGUUGGACGAUCGCCCAAGUACACGAAAUGCUAUUGUAAAGCUUCUAACAGAGGCAGUAGUAACUUAA